GGCUGCUCCCCCCUCCCAUUUGCCGGCUGCUCCCCCUCCUCUAUACUGAGCUCUCUCUAGCGCUGAGCUGCACUCGCUGGAAGAUGGCGGACUGCAGCGCACUGCUGGAUGAGGAUCUUGAGUCUUUCGUCUUUAAUUAUCUGACUGACAGCCCGGUACCUGGCGUGGAACCUCUUUCAUUGGACUUCCCUGAGAUCGAUCUGUCUCAGUUGGAUGCGAGUGAUUUUGACUCUAACACUUGCUUUAAUGAGCUGCAGUGGUAUAACGAUCACUCAGAAAAUGAAUCUAGCCAGUACAGCACUGACGACUCAGAGUUAUUACAGAUCAUAGACAGUGAAAAUGAGGCCUUAUUGGCGGCACUUACACAGACACUGGAUGAUAUUCAUGAUGAUGAUAUCAGCCUCUCUGCCUUCGUAUCUUCGGGAGAUGAGAACGUCUGCCCAUUACCUGUCCUCUCACCAAAACCCAGCCUAGCUGAACUCCCAAUGAGCCCCGAAAGUGAAGAUGAGCUGUCUAUACUUAAGAAGUUGCUGCUUUCUCCAGCACAGACACCCAUUGCUGCUAAUACCCAAAAGGAUGGGAAUUCUCGGCGUCAGGGAACUUCUAAAUUCCGCCUACAGCGGACUUACUCUAAGGUGGAGAGCCCAACAGACAGACCCUCUGGGUUUCCCCAAGCUCAGAACCGAAGCUGUACAGAGUUGCACAAGCACUUAGUAUCCACUCCAUGCGUUCCACAGGCCACCUCUUUUUCCAGGGAUAACAGCCAGGACUGUACAAAGGAAGAAGACAGUGACUCAAAUGAAGAAGAGGAGCAUAGUGAGGAUGAAGCUUUGGACACUUUACUAACACCACCCCCAGAAGAGCAGAAACCACAGUUUACUUGUGAAAAGGAGAAGCGUGCAGUCGUGGACCUUAUUCGUUAUAUGCACACUUACUGCCUUCCAGUAAAAAAACUGCUCACUAAUGAGAAACACCAGCAUUGUAACAGUCUCAUUAAGAGACCUAAAUUGGAAUCCACUCUUCAAACGUACUCCUGUCCUAAUCAAGGCAAACAGUUAGAUUCUAGAAAUGCCAAGGUAAGCUGCCCCCCAGCUGGUAAAUACAAAUGGACAAAGCCAGCAGGUACAAGGUUUUCUAUCUUAAAAGAACUGCUAGCAAAGAACAUCUGCGGGGAUGUGAGUAAACCAUACCGGCUGGCACAACCUGUAUAUGCAGCUUUCUCUGAUUCGUGUGGCAGUAAUAUGACCAGGGGGAAUACCAAGAAAGGUGAACUAGAUUUGGGGAAAUCUGCAAAUACCACUCAGGAAAAUGUGACUGUUAAAACAGCCCAGAAACAGGAAAUCUCUUUAUAUGCUGUUAGGAGGUCAAGCAGGCUGAAUGUAGAAUUCAGUGAUUGGUUUUUUGAUGAUGAGACCUCCCCAGUAAAAUGUGUGGCACAAGGUACUGCUGACCUAGACUUCUUGUCAGCAACAGAAGACUUUUGCUUGCCCACCGAAUCUUUUGGGGAUGAAGGAGACGUGGCAGAAGUGGAAGUGGGAGAAUUACUGGAUCCCUUAGAUAAAUUCUUACAAGAAAGGGAUCUGGAUGAAGCACAGAUUGACAGUGUUAUCGAGCAACUUAAACCCAGUGAUAAUGCCAGUUGUCCUCUCCCAUCCCAAAAUGAUUCGGCAUUUGAGAGUGGGAAUUUUGAGCAAGCUCUUACGGUCGAGCUCUGCGGCACUGCAGGCUUGACUCCACCCACCACCCCACCAUACAAGCCCACAGAAGAGGAUCUGUAUAAGCCGGAACCUUUGAAAAGUGCACCUCUAAUCAGCACUCGCUGCAAACUGGAGGUGACUGAAGAGCAUCGGUCGAUAAACAAAAAAACAGCAAAGAAACAGCCAGAGAGAACUGAGCUAUUUGCUUAUUUAAGUCGAACCUCAGACCCUCCUGCUCGAGCCGAAUCACAGGGCACAAAAAGGCCAUUUUCCAGGUCUUUUGGCGACCAUGAUUAUUGCCAGGUCAGGAAAUGUGAGACUGCUUUUCCACGGAAAAUAAUCAGGUCUUUAGAUCUGCCGCGUUGUCUGGAGACAAAGCCCAAGCAAACAUUUCUUCCAGUGCAGCAGCGGAGUGCAGAGAAAAAGACAGAAGCGAUUCUCAAAGAGGAUAGCAAACUGUUAAAAGACCAUGAAAUCCGAGCAAGCCUCACAAAGCACUUUGGUUUUCCUGAUCAGAACCUUAAAGAUGAGAGUGACACACUGUAUAACAGCCCUCAAUAUGACUCUGUCUUUGAUGACAGUGGUAGUGAAUGCAACUCACCUGUAGAGGAUGAGGUUUGCUUUUCUCCUCUUAGAGGCAAAAUAUGUUUAGAGAGGAAUUCCUCUCCCAAACCUAAGCUUCAGUGCUACACUCCGAACCGGAUGAGCCCUCGCUCCUUGCACCACAGCUCAAGAGACAGACCAAGGGUUUUCAGGCACGAGAGAAAUGAACACCAAGGCAGCCGGCAGCCGAGCCAAAGGCAGAUUCAACGGAAAAGAGAAAAGGCAGUGGGUGAAGGGCGGAUGAUCUACAUCAGAAACCUUUCCAACAGCAUCAGUGCUAAUGAGCUGAAGAGAAGGUUUGAAGUGUUUGGAGAAAUCACCGAAUGCUGUGUCCUUAGCAAAAGCAGGGGAGAGAAAUGUGGUUUCAUUACCUAUCGAGAUUCAGAGCACGCAGCCUUGUCUCUACAGAAAGGAGCCUCCCUGAGGAAAAGGACCGAACCCCCAUUUCAGUUAAGCUAUGGGGGACUCCGGCAUUUCUUUUGGACCAAAUACACUGAUCUAGAUUCAAAUGCAGUGGAGCCUUCGUCAACAGUAAAAAAGAGUAAAUACGAAUCAAUGGAUUUUGAUAGCUUGCUGAAAGAGGCACAAAGAAGCUUGCAUCGGUGACAGCCUUAACCCCAUAGGAGGAGCACCUCAAUACCUCAAGUCAAGGCACUUCCCCUAUGUUUACGUUUUAAAGAAAAAAAAAAACAAAAAUGGAAUACAGAAACAAAAAAGACUUUAUCCUUUAAAAUUGAUGUUUACAUUGAACAAAAGCUGCUUCUGUAUGUGAUUAUUCUCCAUGGUGUCGCUGUCUCACUGCCACAGUUUAGUAUACUCGCUUCCCGGGUGUGUCCGUAGAUGUCCCGUCUUUUCCUCUUCUCUUUCCCGUUGUAAUUGCAGCUGCGUUCUCCAUAAUAUUUUGUCUGUAGUGCGUGUUAUAAACAAAAGAAAAAGUCAAAACCAUACAAAAAAUGCAAUGUCAUUUUGUGACUAGAGUCUAAAUAACAAACUAAUUUUAAUAGGAGAAAGAUGUAUAUUCUUAAACAAAAAAAAAAAUGUAUUUAUGGUUCACAUGUACUGUAUUUCAGAUGUGCUUCAUUUUGAACUAUGCACUGUAGUGGGGUGUUUGCAAAAGAUCAAAACUUAAUCCUCAUACACGAAUAGCCAUGAACCAUUACUGGGCAUUACUGUAAAUCUGAAAGAGUGUAGGGCUUUUUAGAGAGUUAUUAUGGUGGCAAAGGAUCAUGAAUAUUUACUGGUAGGAAAAAAAAUGGUCUUCAGAAUUCUACGCAACUGAGGUCACUGAAUCUUCAGGGCUGACUAAAUCCAUUUUUUCAUCUUAUUUAUAAUAAAUGUUUCCAUUUUUAAUUAAAA